CUUCAGAGUUCCACAACGGUCCCGAGGAAACGGUUGAUUUUGAGAGACUAUGGGUCCCACUCUGCGUUCAGCUCUUACACUCGCUUCUCUAACAUUGACGAUCACUUCUGUCUCGUGUAUGAUGACGAAGUGUUACGAGCCCGACCCCAAGAAAGCCAAGUUCAACUAUGAUCCACAGUCCUGUUUGUCACCCCCAAACUGGAAUAAGAUAUCACACCAGUGGGGAAACUGUACGACUUUCUGGAAUCUGAGACAGUCUCCCAUCAACAUCCGGACUCUCGACACUGUGUAUAUGGCCACACAAAAACUUAGCUUCCACAACUUGUGUAUGAGGAUCAAAGGCAAGGCCGUCAACAACGGUCACCAUCCCGAGUUCGAGACGACUAAUAAGAAAAUCAAGUUAUUUAAUGUCCCAGGUCAGGGCCACGAUAAAUUCAUCUUCAAAGAAAUACACGUGCAUACUGGUAUACUGGAAUCUGCGGGCUCUGAGCACUCAGUAGACAACAACUUUGCUCCAAUAGAGGUGCAUGCUUUGUUUUAUAAUGAGCACUUUAAGGACGCAAAAGAAGCCAAGGGAAAGAAUGGCGGGAUCACAGUGAUAGCAGUGCAGGUUCAGGUGGCGACGGAUGAGCGGGAGAAUAUUGACAGCGUGUCUUUAGAACUUAGAGACAAGGAGAGUGUGAACCAGCCUUGCCCAUGCGCACCAUUGGACCUCGCUUGCCGGAGAGAAAAGUGUGUCUGUAAAAGAUCUAACGAUCUCUUCUGCAAAACAACAAAGAACAACGCAUGCUCAGACAAGUUUGGAGAAGGUCUUGUCUGUCGUGCUUCCGGAGUUGCAAGGUGUUCAGGGGACGAGGAGUGUAGUGGACUGAAAAAAUGUCGACGUAAUGACUUUGUCCAGGUUAACCAGACACCAAAUAAUUACUGCUCCCUACCAAAAGUCUGCAGAGUGCGAUAUGCUCACGAACUAAGUCACCUUAUGGAGAAAUAUUACGAGAAAAUUCGAGAGUACAAGCCAAAAUCCAAGCCAGAGGCUAAAAAGUUGACCAGGAUUUUGGAGAACAUCACACCCCGGGAUAUUCUUCCCUUUAGUUGGAAUUAUUACACCUACUCCGGAUCUCUUACAGCGCCCCCUUGUUACGAAACGGUUCAGUGGAUUGUUAUGAGGUGCCCCAUAAAAAUAUCCAAAAAGGCUUACCGGAUGCUACAGUUAAUGGAGGACACUACGCACGCACCGUUGAUGGCCCAUGGAACUCGAAGGCCGAUUCAGCGCGGAAAAUCAGGACUGCAUCGGGUAGAAGUGUUCCGAAAUUUUCUUUGGAAUGCAGCCCAGGAAGAAACCUCGUUUUGUGGUGUAAAUCAGUAACUUUUGUUUAUAUUCAUUGUGUAUUUAUUUGACAAUUUUCUACCUCUUUUUACUAUUUAUUUUUAUACAAUUGUUAAUAUCUAACGAUAUUUAUUAAAAGAAUUAAACAAUU